CUCUCCUCUCUCGCUCCCCCGGCCGUUAUAAAACUCCUCCGUGUCCGUCCCUGUGCGUCCUCUCUGCAGCAGCAUGGCUCCGAAGAAGGUGGAAGCGAAGAAGCCUGAGGUGAAGAAGGUGGAGGCGAAGAAGGAGGAGCCUCCUCCACCUCCCAAAGCCGUGGAGCCGGAGUCCAAAACCCCCGAGGUGGACCUGAAGAGCAUCGUGGUGGAAUUCACCGCCGACCAGGUGGAGGAGUUCAGAGACGCCUUCACGCUGUUCGACGAGACGCCCGCCGGCGAGAUGAAGAUCACUUUCGCUCAGUGCGGAGACGUCAUGCGGGCGCUGGGACACAACCCCACCAACGACGAGGUGCUGAAGCUACUGGGCCGGCCGAAGGCGGAGGAGCUGCACUCCAAGCUGCUGGACUUCGACAGCUUCCUGCCCAUGCUGCAACACGUGGCGCGCUCCAAGGAGCAGGGCACCUUCGAGGACUUCGUGGAGGGGCUGCGGGUCUUCGACAAGGAGGGCAACGGCACGGUGAUGGGCGCCGAGCUACGGCACGUGCUGUCCACGCUGGGGGAGAAGAUGACAGAGCACGAGGUGGACCGGCUCAUGGUGGGACAGGAGGACGCCAACGGGCUAAUUAACUACACCGAGUUCGUCAAGCACAUCCUGGCCGGGUAA